UGCGCAGGCCGCCGCCAUUUGUAAUUGUAGCUGUGCCGACUGCCGAAAAGUCGGUGUGCAAAAGUAAAAUAAUACUUUCGGUGUGAUAAGUGCAUUUCGAUAGAAUCUUUUGUAUAUUAACUGCUAAGUAUCUGAAGAGUGGAAUUUUAAAUAUAAAUCAUGGGUGUGACUGUAGAAACUAUCACUCCUGGUGAUGAAUCCUCUUACCCUAAAAAAGGACAAACUGUCGUUGUUCACUACACGGGAACACUAACAAGCGGUAAAAAGUUUGAUUCUUCCCGUGACCGCGGUAAGCCAUUCAAGUUCAGGAUUGGCAAGGGAGAGGUUAUCAAAGGAUGGGACGAAGGUGUAGCUAAGAUGUCAGUUGGUGAGAGAGCAAAGCUGACUUGCACACCAGACUAUGCCUAUGGUCAGUCUGGUCACCCAGGAGUCAUCCCACCGAAUUCUACACUCAUCUUUGAUGUGGAACUUUUACGCCUUGAAUAAACAAUAUCUCAAGCAUUAAUCUCUUCACCUAAAAAUGUAUAAAGAUAUGCAUUUUUAAUUUAUUUGUGCAUUAGUCACAAAUUAGAUAUUAAAAGUAUCUAUUAAAUAGUUGUGUAUGCUUUUAAAACAUCUUUAAAUAACUAAACAAGAACAUAUUUAUAAUCUGUAUUUAAGCAGCAAUUUUUCAAAGUAGUUUUUAUGGGGUGUUUUAAAAGCAUAAGAUUAUAGAGUUAUUGGUUUAUUUUUAUGAAUAACAUUUUUCUAUAUUGUUAACCAAAGGGCAUUUAAGGGCAUUUCCAGUAAGGUCUUUUAGUGGGAGUUUAUAUUUUUUACAGUAUGCAAUCACAGUGUGACAAUUAUUUUGAGCAAUAGUAACUUGUGUAGAAUUAAAAAUGUGCAUAAAUC